AUGUUAAAAGCAUAUCUUAAUGUUGAAGAAAUCCUAAUUUCCUCUCGUCUCUCCCAUGUGUUGUUUAUCUGCUCUCUGGUGGAGUACCAGUCCCUGACCUUCAACCGCUGGUAUGUGUACCCACGAUGGGUGUAUGUUCUGGGCUGGCUGUUGGCCCUCUCCUCCAUCCUCCUGGUCCCCAGGUGGGCCCUGAUGCAGAUCUGCACUGGAACAGGCAGUCUUAGAGAAGUGAGAGUGUGACUGACCUGUGACCGGCGUUCAAAUCCGGGUUUCCUUCAUGGAUUGGUCAUAGGAUAAUUAUGUUUAAACGAUCAAAUUGGAGGAAUUAUAGAUCUCAAAUUAUUUUUCAAAACUGAGUGGGUAAGUAUCAUUUAAUCACAGCAAAAUGACCAUAAAGUAUUGAAGAAACCAACUCACUCACUUAAAGAAACAAUGAAGUUUAAAUCAUUAACCAUUAAAGUUGACAUGUUGACGUGCUGACUUUCCCCUCAUCUCCCCAGCGUUUCCUCCACCUGUGUCGGCCGGACCAUGACCACCCAUUGACCCGGAAGAGAAAGGCUGAGCUGGAGCACAUGACCUCUGGAGCAGAGACGGAGGUACUCAUGACUGCAGCAAGGGAAACCACAGACAAAUGA